AUGGAGAUCUGGAGUGUUUAUGAAGAAUCUCUGGGCCAGAAGGCCUCGUUGAGCUCAUCAAAAGUUAUGCCAAUGGUCGUGUUGGACCUGGGAACCGGCACUGGCGGAACAUUACGGGGACUGGCGCACUGUGCGCUAGAAAGAGGCCAGGAUCUAUCGAAUGCCAGACUCAUUGGCAUCGAUAUCUCGCAGCAGAUGCUACUGCGUGCUGAAAAAAGGACCUCGGAACUGGGGAGUGCUGAAUCUGUCGAGUGGGUGCUUGGAGAUGCCACGGAUCUGCUUGCUCGUCCAGAACUUAGCGGAUUGCAACACCAAGUGGACCUCCUCAUUUUUGCGGAUGGGGGCUUCAGUCUUCUUAAAGAACUCGAGGGAAUCGAUAAAUUCUUUUCUCAAGUUGCCCUCUUCUUGCGCCCAGGCACCGGAAGAGUAUUUCUUGAAGUCUAUGAUUACAGUGAGCAACCGGAAGCGAAAUACGACCCCUCUCUACCCGAAGCCGACUAUGAAGGCGGUUUCAAGGAGACGGAGGAGCUGUGCAAGAAGGGCAUUAUUCCAUUCACGAUUCAAGAGCUUAAGUCGGACAACCAUUUUGAAGAUGGUUAUUACUUCGAGAAUUUGACGGCGAAGGUGGUCACCAAAGACAGUCAGGGCAAAGAGACUAUCUUGGAGGUGGUGGAGUACAAGACGAAGUCUAAAAUAUGGAAGGCGGAUGAAUUAGUUCAACAAGCGAAAAAGGCAGGCCUGGAGAGCACUGAAGUCAAAGAAAUUGGUGUAUUUCGCUUCUUCACCUUCAGAGUGCCAGGCGAAUACUAG